CUUACCACCUAGGACUGGAAGCCACUGGAAAAUAACUCUGUUUAAGAACCAGAGCAAAUUCUCAUUGUUUGAUAAGGAAAGAAAAGUUUGACGGUAGAAGAAAAAAACCCACAAAAGUCAUCCAACAGCAACUGGGGUGCUGGUACGUGGAGAACUGAGGAAGAAGGAGAACCAGAAACACAAAGACUGGUGCUAUGGAUCCACUCCCAUACUCAGGAAAGAAGCCCCCUUCAAUUCCUGCUCUGAACCAUCCUGCUGGACCACCAUACCCUCUGGACAAUACAGCACCUUCUGCCAUGCCACCUCCAUACCAAUCUUUUCAUAUGCCCCCUGGGGCAGGAUCUAAUCAAGGCCUGUUUGUUCAAGCUCAACAAGCUAUAAUCAUCACCCCAGGCGAGCCAACUAAUGAACCUGAUUUCUUGGCCUACUCUAUCUUCACCAUGCUUUGCUGCUUUCUACCCCUGGGUAUUGCUGCCUUGGUUUUCUCAAUACAGACUCAGCAAGCUAACAAAAUUGGUGACCGAGCGGCUGCUCGGCGACACUCCAUGUUGGCACGCUCCUUCGCCCAUAUAGCUCUGGGGGUUGGGGUCCUAUUAACAUUGGUGUAUAUCACUGUACUUGCAAUCCUUUUAAGUACAGCACGCCAUCUUUAAGCCCCUAAAGAAACUGCAAGAGAUUCAACUCACCAGAAAGAAUUGCCCACUGAGA